AUGGCCUCUCUGCCGACGGCGCAGGACCCCUUGGCUCCUGACUUGCCUUCCGGACUGCCCCCAGCAGCGGCCUCAGCUCCGGGGGGCAACCAGAGCGCCGCAGAGGCCCCGGUGGGCAACGGGUCAGCCGCCGGCGCCGGCGCCCCGGCCGCCACGCCGUUCCAGAGCCUGCAGCUGGUGCACCAGCUCAAGGGGCUGAUCGUGCUGCUUUACAGCCUCGUGGUGGUCGUGGGGCUGGCGGGCAACUGCCUGCUGGUGCUGGUGAUCGCGCGGGUGCGCCGGCUGCACAACGUGACCAACUUCCUCAUCGGCAACCUGGCGCUGUCCGACGUGCUUAUGUGCGCCGCCUGCGUGCCGCUCACGCUGGCCUACGCCUUCGAGCCGCGCGGCUGGGUGUUCGGCGGCGGCCUGUGCCACCUGGUCUUCUUCCUGCAGCCCGUCACGGUCUACGUGUCCGUGUUCACGCUCACCACCAUCGCCGUGGACCGCUACGUCGUGCUGGUGCACCCGCUCCGCCGCCGCAUCUCGCUGCGCGUCAGCGCCGGCGCGGUGCUGGCCAUCUGGGCGCUGUCCGCGGUGCUGGCGGUGCCCGCGGCGCUGCACACCUACCACGUGGAGCUGCCGCCGCACCGCGUGCGCCUCUGCGAGGAGUUCUGGGGCUCCCGGGAGCGCCAGCGCCAGCUCUACGCCUGGGGGCUGCUGCUCGUCACCUACCUGCUGCCCCUGCUGGUCAUCCUCCUGUCCUACGCGCGGGUGUCCGUGAAGCUCCGCAACCGCGUGGUGCCGGGCUGCGUGACCCAGAGCCAGGCCGACUGGGACCGCGCGCGGCGCCGCCGCACCUUCCGCCUCCUGGUGGUGGUGGUGGUGGUGUUCGCCGUCUGCUGGCUGCCGCUGCACGUCUUCAACCUGCUGCGCGACCUCGACCCCCGCGCCAUCGACCCGGACGCCUUCGGGCUGGUGCAGCUGCUCUGCCACUGGCUCGCCAUGAGCUCCGUUUGCUACAACCCCUUCAUCUACGCCUGGCUGCACGACAGCUUCCGCGAGGAGCUGCGCAAGAUGCUGCUGGCCUGGCCGCGCAAGAUCGCGCCGCAAGGCCAGAGCAUGACCGUCAGCGUGGUCAUCUGA